GCUAAACUAAAACAUUUGCACUACUUCAGUCGAAUUCUUUCUCCAACCGCCACACCUCUUUUAAUUUUAUUUUUGCAGAAAUUGCCGUUUUCCCUCGCUUUCUCCUUCAUAAUUUUCUCGAGAAAAAGGAAUCGCACUAUCCAAACACACGGUUUCUAAUUGAAAAUUAAAAGAGCUUUCCCAACAUGGAGAGUUACUAUAGAUAUUCAGUGUCCGCUUUCAUUUUGCUAUGCUUAUGUGUUUUCACGAUCCCUGUGGUUUUCCUUAACUAUGAUCACUUCAAUCCCUUCAUGAAUUUAUCUAAUCCAACUCUUGAAUCACCUGGACCAAAAUUUGAGUUGCAGAGACUGAUAGUUUCUACUUCUGAUCAAAUCAGAGCCGUUAGUACCAGCGGAUCAACUGAUGAUCAUCAGCACCUCAACCGAAACACCACUCUUAUAAAAGAAACGAAGAAACUAAGCAAAGAACAAGUGUUAGAACAAGGACUAGCUAGAGCUCGAGCUUCAAUUCGCUCGGCGGCAAUAGCUCGGAUCGUCAGGACGGCUUUUUUCAUGAACGACAAUGACGUUCCCGUUGGAGAUGUCUAUCGUAAUCCAAGCACAUUUUAUCAGAGUUACGUAGAGAUGGAGAGGAGAUUCAAAGUCUACGUGUACAGUGAGGGAGAGCUGCCAAUAGUCCACGACGGACCAUGCAAAAAUUUAUACACGAUAGAAGGUAGAUUCAUACACGAGAUGGAGCAUGGAGCUAAGAGGUUUAGGACAAAUGAUCCUCAACGCGCUCACGUUUACUUCAUGCCCUUCAGUGUCGCCUGGAUGGUCAAGUACAUUUAUACGCCACUGAGUUUCGACAUUACUCCUCUUAAGCACUUUGUUUCUGAUUAUGUGAAAGUGAUAUCCAUCAAGUAUCCAUUUUGGAAUCGAACUCAUGGCGCUGAUCACUUCAUGCUUGCUUGUCAUGAUUGGGGGCCCCAUGCAUCACAAGGCAACUCACUCCUCUACAACAAUUCAAUUCGCGUGCUGUGCAAUGCCAACAUCUCCGAAGGCUUCAAUCCACAAAAAGAUGUAAGCCUUCCAGAAAUCAGCCUCAUCGGUGGCUACUUAUCCCACAAACUCAUCCACCCACCUCCGCCCAAUACUUCUCGACCGUAUUUUGCUUUCUUCGCCGGCGGACUUCACGGUCCAAUCCGACCAUAUCUCCUCCAACACUGGAAAGGCCGAGACAAUGACAUGCAGGUCUAUGAAUACCUCCCAAAAAACAAAGACUAUUACUCUUACAUGCUCGAAUCAAAAUUUUGCCUAUGCCCAAGUGGGUAUGAAGUUGCCAGUCCAAGGAUUGUCGAGGCCAUAUACUCUGGAUGCGUGCCGGUUAUUUUGUCAGAUAACUAUGUUUUACCUUUCAGUGAUGUAUUACAGUGGGAGGCUUUCUCAGUACAGGUGGAAACAACGAAGAUUCCUAGAUUGAAAGAAAUUUUAUCAGCAAUUCCAGAAGAAAAAUAUCGGAAACUUCAAGAGGGUGUGAUAGUUGUGCGCCGACAUUUUAUGUUAAACCGACCUCCUAAGAGAUUUGAUGUGUUCCACAUGAUAUUACACUCAAUAUGGGUUAGGAGAAUUAAUGCAAGACCCAAUAGUAAUAGAUCUUAAUUCAUUUCACAUUACGUAGUACUAGUCAUAGAUUAUCCACAUGUAUUAGUUUUCUUCCAACUUACUUUUUUUAAAAGUUAAUAUUUUUGUUCGUCAAAUUUAUAUUUUAUAUAUGUGUAUGUCAUACGCAAAGGAGG